UAAUUUUAAUUAUUAAGUGUAAAUAAGUAAUUAUUAUGCUCAAUUCGUGCUGUGCUUUUUUAUAUACUCUUGACAGUGAGUGUUUAUUUUGGUAGUGCGUAGUGCCGAAACUCUUGUUAUUCAUAUUUAUAUUUAAAUAUUUGAAUAUUUAAAUAUUCAAUUAUUGUUUACGACUGUUGUUGAUAGUGCCAGUUAUUGUUAGGUAAUAGUGGUCCAAAAGGACAUAAAAAUAAGGGAUGCCUGUCAGAAGGGGCCACGUUGCACCAAGGACCACCAUUAUCGAAACCAUCAUUAGAAAAUUUGAUACUCAUGAUAGAAGUUUUUUGGUAGCCAACGCUCAACAAGGACUAUGUCACAUUAUUUAUUGUUCGGAUGGAUUUUGCCGGCUUACCGGAUUUUCGAGGGCGGAGGUGAUGCAACGACCAGCCGUUUGCGAUUUUCUUCAUGGACCAAUGACCUCACCUCAUGCUAUUGCUGCAUUACGCGAAGCAUUGAUUGCAGGCGCUGAAAAACAUUUUGAAAUUCUUUAUUACAGAAAAGACGGUACAAAAUUCUUGUGUAGCGAGGUUAUUGCUCCAAUAAGAAGCGAGGUAGAUGACAUCUGCCUGCAGAUUAUCAACUUUGAAGAUCUUAGUGCUCAGCCACCCCCGCCACCAGCUGUGCCUCCCCCUUCAACAACUAAUAAUCGUCUUGCUACCCGAUUUGAUAGAGCCAGAGCAUCCUUUCGAGCUGGAUUGUCUAGAACUGGAGUAGUUGGUCCUCCGAGAGUUAGAAAUAGACCGAGAACUGCUUCAAAUGUGCCACAGAGACAGCUUGCUGAUGGGACCAUUUUAGAUGAAGAGGCUUCUGAAAAUUGCCCAUUAACAUGCGGGUCGCCGACGAUGUUAGAAUCCUGGGGAUCUGCGCGAAUAGGAACCCCACCACCAUCAACAAUAGCUCCAUUACCAUUGCCAGCGAGUAACAGCAGCCAUGGAUUGUCAACAGGCCUUGGAGCUACAACUCGUCCAACAACAACAACGACCGUUGCUACCGCGCCAAUCGCCAGCCCCGAAGGAGUAAGCGACAUUUCACCAAAGUCUGGUAUCUGGGAUGGCACGAAUUGCUCACCAGGAAACGGUAAUGAUGGACCGUCAAGAAGUGUAUCACAUGCUGCAAGUCUGGAUGCCAUUUCAAGGAGGAUGGUCAAGUCCGACAUGUCACGAAUACCAUGUAGGAGUCUCACUUGCAGUGUUCUACCUAAUCGAGGAAGUGAAUGCGCAACCGGGCUCGAGCGGUGGCCAGCAACGGUCGAUAAUCUCAUGGAAGCAACAAAGCACUCUAAAAUAUUUCCUGGAGUGGCGUCAGAGAGUGAUUUGCAGCGAUGGCGAGCUUCAAAAGAAAGAAAAUCCCCGUCUCUUAGUCAAAUGGGCUCAGAUUCUGUUAAACACAAAUUCUCUCUUCAGGACAACGGCUCGGCUAAGUACUUUCAAGGAGUCAUGCAUACACCUAAUAUGGGAGAAAAAGUUGCUCAAGUAUUAUCACUGGGCGCAGAUGUACUGCCGGAAUACAAAUUACAGUCGCCACGUAUCCACAAGUGGACGGUUCUACAUUAUUCACCAUUUAAAGCCGUUUGGGAUUGGAUUAUCCUACUUCUUGUUAUGUACACCGCUAUAUUUACACCUUAUGUUGCCGCUUUUUUGCUCAGUGAACCUGAUUAUAACAGCAGAAAGGCGAAAAAAUACAGCGAUGAUCCCAUUGUCAUUAUCGAUCUUAUUGUGGACGUAACAUUUGUGAUAGACAUAUUGAUAAAUUUUCGCACGACAUUUGUCAACACCAACGACGAAGUAGUAUCCGGACCGUGGAAAAUAGCCGUCCAUUAUCUCAGGGGAUGGUUCAUCAUAGACCUGGUUGCUGCCAUACCCUUUGACCUCCUCCUCUACGGCUACAACACUGACGAACUCGGCUUGGAUAAAGACGAGACAACUACACUCAUGGGAUUGUUAAAGACUGCGCGGCUGUUGCGAUUAGUCAGAGUGGCGAGAAAAAUAGAUCGUUACAGUGAAUAUGGGGCGGCGGUUCUUCUUUUGCUUAUGGCAACCUUUGCGUUGAUCGCUCACUGGAUGGCUUGCAUCUGGUAUGCUAUCGGAAAUGCUGAAAGGCCGCUUUUGAAAAGCAAAGUUGGCUGGUUGGAUAUACUAGCAAAUGACACUCAUCAGUUCUAUUAUCACAACAACACUGGUGGACCCAGUAUAAAGAGUCGUUAUAUUACUGCUUUGUAUUUUACCUUCAGUAGUCUUACCUCAGUAGGUUUUGGUAAUGUCGCUCCAAAUACGGAUACCGAAAAAAUUUUUACUAUCGUCGUUAUGUUAAUUGGAUCGCUUAUGUAUGCCAGUAUUUUCGGAAAUGUAUCAGCAAUAAUACAACGACUGUACAGUGGAACAGCACGUUAUCAUACGCAAAUGUUAAGAGUACGUGAGUUUAUUAGGUUUCAUCAGAUACCAAACCCUUUAAGACAGCGACUGGAGGAAUAUUUUCAACAUGCUUGGACUUACACGAAUGGUAUUGAUAUGAAUAGCGUGCUAAAAGGGUUUCCAGAGUGCCUCCAGGCGGAUAUUUGUCUUCAUCUUAACCGGCAACUACUAAACAACUGCAAAGCUUUUGAAAAGGCCAGUCCAGGCUGUUUAAGAGCACUGUCGCUCAAGUUCAAGACAACUCAUGCUCCGCCUGGAGACACGUUGGUACAUCGUGGAGACGUUCUUACCUCUCUAUAUUUUAUUUCCCGCGGUAGUAUCGAAAUUCUUAAAAACGAUAUAGUUAUGGCUAUAUUGAAUCCUCCUGACAUAUUUGGAGAAAAUCCUUGUGAGCAUCCAACCGUUGGAAAGUCUUCCUGCAACGUACGGGCACUUACUUACUGUGAUUUACAUAAAAUACAUCGAGAUGAUCUUUUAGAUGUCCUUGCACUCUAUCCGGAAUUUCAUCAGCAUUUUAUUGAAAAUUUAGAGAUAACAUUCAACAUGAGAGAUGAUGAACAAGCAGGAGUUGAUCCAAUAUCUGCAAGAUUUCCCGUAAGCACUCCUACAGACAUUGAUGGAGAUACAAGAAGAUUUGCAUUCCGUCCUCCGCGUUAUCGAUUUGGGCCAGGUAUUAUUGGGGCUCCAAAUACCCAUCUAGUACCGACAGGUCGUCAAGAUUCUUUCCAAGAUGACCCUGAUGACUACGACAAGUCAAGUGGCCACGGCAUUUUGGAAUUCAGUACCGACAAAGCAGGUCAAGAUGUCACUCCAAUGAACUUGGAGUUUGAUGAACCUAAGCAACGAAGCUCGACCCUCAACUCUAUCACUGGCAUGCUAACCCAUCUCAAGCGCAGUAUACCGGAUCUUCGCCAGCAGACAAAAAUUCAUCUACAGCCGCUAACUAGCCACGACUAUUUGGCCAAACAAGUGACUACGCCACUGACGAGGCCGCCGCGAAAAAGUUCUACCACUGGUGAUACAACUCACAGUAUUAUCCAACCAGUUUCAAAUACAUCUAGUCAUUACACAACACCAUCACCACCUCAGCAACAACUUCAGCUUCUUCAGCAACAUUCGCAUGGUGACUUUCAAAGUGGACCAGGACGGCCUCUGGAGGAAAUAAAUAUCAGAAUCGACGAUCUGUCACGUCAGGUCUCUUCUUUGGAGCGAACAAUGGCCGGAGAUCUUAGAUUAAUUUUAGCGAUGCUUCAGCAAACGCUGGACACAUCAAAAGACAGCUCCAGUACGGACAUGAUGCCUGGUACAGCUCCAGCAGCCCCAAUAACAACCAUUAGAUCAUCCCGAGCACCCGCUUUAGCACAAAGAUCUGCCAGCGAGCCACAGCCAUCAUCUUUGCCCGGUUCUUCCUCAACAAAUGGAAAUGGAGCAAAGAUACAGUCCAGCGCCUCACACAGUCUCUUCCGCUUUCUUUCCAAAUCCCUGGAUCAAUUGCAUUUGAUUUCGGCGCGUUUUGUUUUGGAAAAUUUGGAUAAGCUCCGAAGGCCACCAACUCGCGAACCAACCUCAACGUCAUCGGGAACCUCACGACUUACAUUAACAUCAGACACAUCAGCCCUAGCCACUGCCUUGCAGAGUGCCCUUAAUGGUGGCUCGCGUACAGCCCCAACGAGGUCACAGAGUCAGCCUGUCGAUUUAACGGGCCCACCAAUCACCUCCCAAGCCCAUCAUCACCAUCACCAGCUUCAUGGAUGGCACAGUCAGCCCGCAGCAUUUAGACGCGGAGAAUUUAGAACCGGUUACAGUUCUUUUAAUAAAAGAUCAGAACCAGAGACUGAAGAUCCGUGGACAGCGAUACCAACAGUGGGUGUGACCACUAGUGUUACAGUUUCGGGAACUGGAACUGGAAGUCUUCAACGACCAAGGUCCAGUGACUUGAGAAAAGAUGCAAAUGGAAAAUCAGAAAACAGACUUGCUCAGCAAACUCCAGUGAUAACAUCAUCAUCAUCAUCAUCAUCAUCGGUAGCAACAGCCGCAACCGCAGCCGCAGCCGCAGCCGCAGCCGUAUCUGAGAUAAGACCUGAAACAUCUCGUCAAACAAGCGAAGAAAUGUCCUGGGAGUUUACUAUCAACGAAGCCCCUAUCGCCAGAUUAGAGUCUCUAGACGAACUCGAUCAAGAUCAUGGUAGUUAGGUUAAUAAUUAUUUAUAAAAUUAAAAUUAAAAUAAUAAUAAUAAUAAAAAUAUUCCACGCGACAUAUAAUAAGCAUAUCAUUAUGUGUUUAUGAUGUGUGUAUGUCGUUUAUAUUGGCUGUGCUUUUAAUUAACGCAUCUUAUCGUUUUCAAAAGGCUUUUAUUUAUUUAUUAAAGCUUUAUAUUAUGGUAUUUAAUGAUAAACGUCCAUAUUAUUUAAUAGAUAAUAAAAAUUU